UCCACAAAAGACUCGCAAGAAAACCAACCACCACCACCAUGCGGCGCCACCGCCUCCUCCUGCCGCUCCUCAUGCUCGCCGGGGCGGCGGCGGUCGUCGCCGCGCGCCCACCGUUCGCUUGCGCGCCCGGUGGCCCGGCGACGUCGAUGGCAUUCUGCCGGCGGUCGCUGCCGCUGCGGGCACGCGCGCGGGACCUCGUGGCGCGGCUGACCCGGGCCGAGAAGGUGCGCCUCCUGGUGAACAACGCCGCCGGCGUGCCGCGGCUGGGAAUCGCCGGUUACGAGUGGUGGUCGGAGGCGCUCCACGGCGUGUCGAACACCGGGCCUGGGGUGCGGUUCGGCGGCGCGUUCCCGGGCGCCACCGCGUUCCCGCAGGUCAUCGGCACCGCCGCGUCGUUCAACGCCUCGCUCUGGGAGCUCAUCGGCCGGGCGGUGUCAGACGAGGGGCGAGCGAUGUACAACGGCGGUCAGGCGGGCUUGACCUUCUGGAGCCCCAACGUGAACAUCUUCCGCGACCCGCGGUGGGGCCGCGGCCAGGAGACGCCAGGCGAGGACCCCGCCGUCUCCGGCCGCUACGCCGCCGCCUAUGUCCGCGGCCUCCAGCAGCCCUACGGGGGCGGAGGUCGCCACGGCGGCCACACGCGUCUCAAGACCGCCGCCUGCUGCAAACACUUCACGGCCUACGACCUCGACAGCUGGUCCGGCACCGACCGCUUCCACUUCAACGCCAUCGUCACGCCGCAGGACCUCGAGGACACCUUCAACGUCCCCUUCCGCUCCUGCGUCGUCGACGGCCGCGCUGCCAGCGUCAUGUGCUCCUACAACCAGGUCAACGGCGUGCCCACCUGCGCCGACGAGUCCUUCCUCCGCGGCACCAUCAGGGGCAAGUGGCACCUCGAGGGGUACAUCGUCUCCGACUGCGACUCCGUCGACGUCUUCUACCGCGACCAGCACUACACCAGGACCCACGAGGACGCCGUCGCCGCCACGCUCCGGGCUGGCCUCGACCUCGACUGCGGCCCCUUCCUGGCUGUGUACACCGAGGGCGCCGUCUCGCAGCGGAAGGUGACCGACGCCGACAUUGACGCCGCUGUCACCAACACCGUCAUCGUGCAGAUGCGCCUCGGGAUGUACGACGGCGACCUGGCCACGCAGCCGUUCGGCCACCUCGGUCCGCAGCACGUGUGCACGCCCGCGCACCAAGAGCUGGCGCUGGAGGCGGCGAGGCAGAGCGUGGUGCUCCUCAAGAACGACGGCACUGCGCUGCCGCUCUCACGAGCCGCGCACCACACAGUCGCCGUCGUCGGCCCGCACUCCCAGGCCACCGUGGCCAUGAUCGGGAACUACGCCGGUCAGCCGUGCCGGUACACCACGCCGCUGCAGGGCAUCGGCAGGUACGUGAAGACCACAUUACAUCAGGCGGGCUGCACCGACGUGGCAUGCCAAGGCGGCAACCAGCCGAUCGCCGCUGCCGUCGACGCGGCCCGCCGUGCUGACGCCACCAUCGUCGUCGUUGGCCUCGAUCAGAAGGUCGAGGCCGAGGGCCUGGACCGGACAAGCCUGCUCCUUCCUGGUCGCCAGGCGGAGCUCGUCUCCGCGGUGGCGAAGGCCUCCAAAGGGCCGGUGAUCCUCGUCCUCAUGUCCGGCGGGCCCGUCGACAUUGCUUUCGCGCAGAAGGACCGGAAGAUCGCUGGCAUCCUGUGGGCAGGGUACCCCGGCCAGGCCGGCGGGCAGGCGAUCGCCGAUGUAAUCUUCGGUCACCACAACCCAGGAGGGAAGCUGCCGGUGACAUGGUACCCACAGGAUUACCUGCAGAAGGCGCCGAUGACAAACAUGGCGAUGCGGGCCGACCCGGCGAGGGGGUACCCCGGACGGACGUAUCGGUUCUACACUGGCCCGACCAUCCACCCGUUCGGGCACGGCCUCAGCUACACCAAGUUCACCCACACGCUCGCGCACGCGCCGGCGCAGCUCACCGUCCAGCUUGCCGGCCACCACGCCGCCGCCGCCGCCUCCUCCCUCAACACAACGAAGCAUCUUGGCCAUGCCGCUGCCGAUGUGCGUGUCUCGCACGCGCGGUGCAAGGGCCUGAGCAUCCCGGUCCACGUGGACGUGAAGAACGUCGGAGACCGGGACGGCGCGCAUACGGUGCUCGUGUACGCGUCCCCUCCGGCUGCGGCCGCCGCGGCCCACGGCGCGCCCGCUCGUCAGCUGGUUGCGUUCGAGAAGGUGCACGUUCCCGCCGGCGGCGUGGCCCGCGUCGAGAUGGGCCUCGACGUCUGCAACGAACUCAGCGUGGCCGGCCGGGACGGGGUCCGAAGGAUCCCCGUGGGCGAGCACACGCUGACGAUCGGCGAGCUAACCCACUUGCUCACGCUGGGGGUCGAACAACUAGCAGUGUAGUGGCUAAGGAUUCAGACAUUAGCCAUGGAUGUCAACAACAAGUGUUGGAUAGUUGGGAAUUGGAUUUUCAUGGUGCCAGCUACUGUCUCCGCAAAGGUGGAGAGAGGGAUUAGAACUGCACCUGAUUACUAAAAUUGUUCUACGCACUGCAAACGAUUGUGAAACUGGAAGCAAUACAAAGAAUCAUUGUUUCUA